AUGGUGGCCAUUGCCGCCGACGCUGUUGGUAGUGUGUUAGCCGCUGCCACUGCCGCCGUUAAUGUGGUUGCGGCGUGGAAUGAGCUUCUGGCCAUAGCGCGGAUGGCCAGGUGUAGUGAAGUGGAGGCCAAUCUCCUUAUGGAUAUGAGCGAGAGUAGUUAUGAACGACCAUGGCUGCAGUAUGUGAAUCUGGAGGACUGGUGGAGCCAAGUUCCCGCUGUUUCUCUUCAUGUGAGAUGA